AUGAAGGUCAUCCCCAAAGAAGUGGAGCAGGAGCACUACGGCGUAGUCGUGCGCGGCGGCAUCAUCGGCGGCACGGCGGGUCUCGCGGUCGGGCUAGCGGGCGUGGUGCUCGGCGCGCGGCGGUACCCGGCGAUCCGGCAGCUGACGCUCCCUUUCCGGUCCUUCCUCGUCUCGUCCGCCGGCACGUUCGGCGCCAUGGUGGUGGCGGAGCGGUACAGCAUCAACUACCAGCGGUCGCACGACGCCAUGAACAACUACCUGGAGGAGGCGCACCGGGUCGAGGCCGAGGCGCGCCGGGCCCAGCGCACCGAUGCCCAGCGCUUCAUGGACUGGGGCCGCGAGAACCGCUACAGCAUCGUCUUUGUCAGCUGGGCCGCCUCCAUGGGCAUCGCCAUGGCGAUCGUCGGCCGCAGCAAGUACCUGACGGGCAGCCAGAAGCUGGUUCAGGCUCGUAUGUACGCCCAGGGACUCACCCUGGCCGUGCUGAUUGCCACGGCUGCGUUUGAGACCGCCGACGCCAAGUCGGGCAAGGGCCGGUGGGAGACUGUUAUGGUCGUCGACCCCGAUGACCCGACACACCAGAUUGAGAAGAAGAUUCACAAGGAGGAGUACGAGGGCCAGGAUCUCUGGAAGCAAAUGGUUGCUUCCGAGGAGAAGCGGCUUGGGGAGCAGAAGAAGCAGCGGGACGCCGCGGGCAAGGCUUAA